AGCUGGAAGGAAGAAUUAAGCGUAUGGAGCGAAGGAUGUCCAUAAAGACACAUAACACUCACUAUGAUGAAGAUGAAUUUGACAUUUUACCAACAUCUCCUAGGGAUAGCAAAAUGUUGCAGAAGAGGUACGAACCGUUAAGCUGCAUUGUGCUUUAAUGCACCCUAUGUUAUUAUUUACUCCGUGUAAAGCCAGAUGAUUUUAUUCGUCAGGGAGAGAGUGCUGUGGCUCAAUGGGUUAAUAAAACUAUCUGUCCAUGUACAUGUAUGUAGUUAAACCAUCAGGUCGUGUAUUGUGCCCUAAUGCACACUAAGUAUACUUCAUUAUUCUACACUGUCUAAUGGUAGAUUAUUUUACUUCGUCUAACAUCAUAUGACUUGUCAAGGGGAGAGUGGUGUUGCUCAAUAUGUUAAUAACCAUGUUAUUUCUGUUGAAGAGGCCCGUUGCUAAGAGUUCACAUACGUAUUAUAUAAUUCAGCCACAUAGGCUCUGUAAUUCAUUGUCGAGAGUGCUGCACCUGAAUCACAGGGUUGCAGUUCCUGCUUGAGGGCCUACAGUAUAUUCUCAUUUUUUGCAACUUUCCUGGUCAGGUCUAAGAAAUUUGAAGAAAUUUCAUCUACACAAACCCUUCAACAUUCUGUUAGCCAAAAUUUAGAGGAUGUACAUUGUUAUUUAUACUUGUUACUUAAUUUAUAGUAUUAAUAAUAUACAGCAUGUUACUUUAGUAUUUAGUCAACAUUUAUGUUCCUUCUAUUGCAUUUUAGAAUGAACAGAAAACCAUCAAUUAGUGAGCUGAUGCGCAGGAAGAGUAUCCCAGCUGCUGCGGCAGUCUUAAUGUCUUCAGCAAUAGAGAGAUUCGUCAAUAUUGAUACAUGUUUAAGAACUGAAACUUUGUAUAUGGAUAAUGAAAACAGUAUGGUGGCAGAAAUACCUGAGCAAAUUAUUCAGGAGAACACUGAUCAGCCUGUUUGUUCUGCUGAUGUACCAAGUAUGUUUUAAUUAAUACAAUUUUCUUGGUACUGCAGCCGUCUUGAAACUAAGUUGUGGGUGAAAGUUUUGUUCUGCACAAGACCAGUGCAUGACGCCCAUUUCCAAAAUCACUUUUACGCAUCUUGUAAAUGAAUGAACUUAACUCGAAAGUAAAUGGCUCUAUUAUAAUUGAUAAAACAGUUCAGAUUGAAAGUACUAUGACACAUAUAUACUAACUGCAGCUUUUCUGUUGCUUCAUGGUUACUUGUAGUUCCUCAAUUCAGGAUAGUUGAAAACUACUCAACUCCUCUUCAAACAUGUGGAACAACAACAAGAUCGAGUGUUUCAUCGACUGAAGAUAUAGACACUACUUGUGAGGUAUGCUCGUAUAGUGUCCUGACAAUGUGUUCUACUCAUCUUUACCACUAUGUUACAUUCUUACCCUGUUAUAACUUCAUCGUCGCCUGUGUAUUGUUUUUUCGCCCAACCAAUGAUAUUACCUCGUGAUAUUACACAAUGGUUAAAUGAGUAUAUAACUAUUGGUUGCUCUAGUGAAAAUACGGUACACACGUGACGAUGAACCAACUGUUUUUUGCAUAAACCAAGACAAAACAUAGAUAAUGAGGAUGUCUUCAUCGAGUUUCCUAACCUUAUUUUAUUGACUAUGGCGAGGGGUAGCGCUGUGCAGCGUGCCAUAUUUUGACGUAAGUUCGGUCCAAAACAUUUAAUGCACGUUAAUUACGUCAGCAGUUGAAUAACGCGACAGUUACCGGAUAUUGAUAAUUAGCCAGAAUUGGUGACCAAUCAGAAAUGAGAAUAAAGUUUGAAUGUAUAAUAAUACAGUAUUCAGUAGGUACUGUAUUAUUAUUAUACUGCAUGUAUACUGUAAGAAUAAUUAUCGGUUUCAUAUUUUUGUUUUCUAUUAUUAAGAACAUGGAUGAUGAAACGUUUGGGAAAAGACAUUCACGACCCGAGGCUGAUGAAAAAAGACGAAAAAGGUUAUUUAAUGUUUAG